AUGUUUACUCCCACGCCGAUGUUGAUCCGGCGACAGCGGCGCCGCACGACGACCUUGGAAGCGAUUUGCAUGCACGAAUGCGUGACUCCUGAUCGAUGGUGUGUGACCAAAGCAGAUCUGAGAUAUCUCAGGCGCCAAGUGACGGAAGCCAUUCAGGAGGGUCAACUUCCAUCCUCUUGCAUGGCCAACGACUCGCUGGCAAGCAGUGACAGUGAGGAGAGUGAGGAAAGCGCUGAUGAAAGGAAAUUUGGGCCCAGUAUCUAUGAAGUCACUGAGAAGUACAUCAAACCCGUCACUGCCGAUGCCGGUAAGAUGAGUUGGGCCUUGAUGCAGAACCCUGAGGGUUUGGAUUGCCACCUCUUUGUGAGCCACGCUUGGCAGGAAGGCAUCUUUGAAUUUCUCUCGAAAGUGCUCACUUCGUGGCCUUCAGGAGCGCACAACGCGUGGUGUUGCAUGCUGGCGAACCCCCAACAUCUGAACAUUGGUUCCAUGUUGCAGUCGCCCAAGACCUCACCCUUCGCCUUGGCUCUACAAGCGUCUCGCUAUGUCUUGGUGGUGCCCAAUCGUCACCAGAGCGUCUACUGUCGCCUUUGGUGCGGCUAUGAGGCCUACGUCGCCUCGGAGAAUGAGAAGAUCAUCCAAAUCGCUGCAGCUCCCUGUUGGAUCUCCAAAUCAUGGGCCUUCAUUCGGGCGAUGGUGCCUAUUCUGCUGGGAGUCUUCAUCGGUUUGUUGGCACCCUCACCGUCCUGGCACAUCAAAGCAACUGUCGCACUUAUGGGGGCCUUGGCAACGCUGAUCAGCGCGUACACCGCUAAUCGCUGGCGGUUACUGGCGAACCAUGUUGGGCUUGUGGCAUCGACGUAUUUGGAGAGCUUGGGGGAGCCGUUUGGCCUGACGGGUGCGAGCCCCGUCAUGUGGCAGCAGGCCAUGCAUCGUGUGACCUGGGCAUCCGCCAUCAGCUACUUCUUGAUGGCCGAGUUGGACCGAGUGCACAGCCUUCAAAUCGAACAAGAAGGUCGACAGCUUCGUAGGAGAUACAAAGGAUCCAUACAAUUUGCCACCUGCUCCCAGCAGACGGACCAGAACCACAUUUGGGAUGAAAUUGGCGGCAAGGUUUCGGAUGUGGACACUGCCAUCCAUGUGCUGAUCUCCGCUGGCGUCUCCUCUCCUUCACUGCGCAUGGCCGCCAAGCGCGGCGUGAAGAUCGAGGGCGCAGGACACGCUGAAGUGGCCGUUGCUUUUGUGGUGCUUGGGCCAUUGCUUUUCCUCUGUAGCGUCCAGCUGGUGGGCUUGCUCCGAAGCUUCGAAGACGAAGCGCCUGCCUUCAGUGCCUUUCGCUACUUCACCAUCAGCAUGGCCUCCAUCGGCCUGCUGGUGCGCGUGGCCUUCGUGAUUAUGUUGUGCCUCAAUCCGGUGGACGAGAAAAUGUUCUUGUUGAAAGUGAUCACAAAGCUGGUUGCGGCCAUUUUUGUGCCGUUGGCCCUCAUCGUGGGGAUCUUCGCUCAGAGCUGGGGCUUUCACGCGAUCGAAGUGGUCUUCAUGUGUUCUCACUUCACCUUGGUGGUCGCCUUCUUCUUCUCACUCCUGGGCAUCAAGGGCACCUUAGCCCUCCCAGGUGGGCGAUGCAUGCUGCAGUAUGUCUUAGCCAGACAAGGCACCUGCAGAAUCUGCCAAACCACGUCCGAGGAGGUCUUUGAUUCCGAUGCGUCCUCCGAGUGA